UGGGUGCGUGUGCGCAGGGCGGGCUGAGUGACUGACGGCAGGUGGCGGUGGUGGCGGCACUGGGGACGGAGGACGGCUUGAGUGUGUUGGUCGACACUGGUCGGUCUUGCCACACACACUGUAGUGGCCAGUGUUUCCAUAUUUCCGGCAGCUUUUUCCUGCAUCGAACACCAAGCAACUCCAGAGAAGUACGGCUACUUAAGAUACAAAUGUAGAGAGAUAGAAAAGCAGGACCACCACCACUAUCACAAUGGAAGAAGGGGUGGAAACAAGUGGGUUGGGGGACAAUGGAGGCCUCCCCCACCUGCCUCACUACACACCCCACCGUCACCACCAUCAUAGAGAAUUUGGCAAACCUCCUGGAGUUAAGGAGAGUCCAUCAGGAGAGGCUGGAAAAGGUGGAGGAUUAGUUUGCCAAGCUUCAGAAUGCAUGAAGGAUUACGACCAGCUUGUGAAGAGGCUGAAGACUUUGCCAGAUAAGAUUAGAAAUGAGUCUGAAGAUCUCUCUCUGCUUCAAGAUGUUUGGUGUUACAAGAGAACCAUUACUAAGAGAGAGGAGCAGUAUUGCAAGAGGAUUGUCAGUCAAGAGGGCAGCAGCAGGUAUCAGUGCUGAGAUCCACUUCAGCAGCACCCCCUCACACUAGACAACCAAUGCCAGCUGUGGUGUGUGUGGUGUGUUGGUGUUACUGCACUGCUCCUUCCCUUCCCUGACUUGUCCAAAAUUCCACUGGUGAGGGUGUCUCAGUACUCUCCCUGUUGUCCCACGCAGCCCAGAUGUGGUAGAUUGUUUUCAAAGUUAAUAUUGGCAUUUUAUCAAGAGGGAGUUGAAAAUGUUUGUGUACAAUUUUUUUUUUUUUUUUUCUCCAUGGAAUUAUCAUAGUAUAAAUAGAAGUAGUGGUGUGAUAAAGAUUUUUCCUGAGUGUGAUGAUGCUGUUAGGUGCUGGACAAAAUAGAAAAGAAGCCGGUGAGCAGGUCUGUGCUAAAGUGGUGGUGCAGAACAACAGUAGCUCAGCAUCAUCACACCUGCACACACCUGCUGUUGUCUUGCAUCAGCAGUGUGGGAUACAUCUGUUUACCCUCUUCCUUUCUGUCUCAUUACUGCCUUACAACACCAUCGUAUUCAGGAUAAGUCUUUAUCUCGCCACAUUUCUAUUUGCAGUGUGAUAAUUCAAUGAAAACACAACCACAGAAUCUGUAAUACACAGACAUUUUCAACUUGGAUAACUUCAGUGUGCAUUGUCUUGAUAGAACAUGUCUGGGUAUUCUUGGCCAAGUGGGACUUCAGGGAGUGAGUACCGAGACUCCCUUACUUAACAUUUGGGGGGUGGAGUACAAGAAAGAGAUUCCAGCUGCAAGGAGGGCACUGACGGACAAGACAAAUCAACGUACAGCUUGGCAUUCCAUUGUUGUUUCAUGACUCAUAAUAAGACAGCUAUGGAGGUGACAAAUCUCACAUUGUGUUAUCAUGUUCUUAUGUUUAUUGGAGUAACCACAGUUCCAUCCUGUUUGUUAUUGCUCAGUGCUUCCACAGAUAAACUGCAGAAACAGAUGAGAAAAUCCCACAAGACCAGCCAGCAGAUGGAGGACACCACUCAGGAGGCAGUCUGGUGGCUGGUGUGGCUGUCCUCUGUUGUCCUGUCACCCUCAGGAAGAAGUCAGUCACUGUGCAUCUUGAAGCACACCUGUAAUAUAAGAGCAGAGUAGUAAGGCUCCUAAUGUAAGAGCAGAGUAGUAAGGUUCCUUGUCAUGAGCCCUGUGCUGAGAGAUCAAGGGCUUUUUACUUGUAGCCCAGCUGUGGUGAGCAACUGUGGUUUGUAAACAUACUGUGGGGGACAUCCUGUGGUGUGGUGUGGUGUGGUGUGGUGUGGUGUGAGAGAGAGAGAGAGAGAGAGAGAGAGUAGAGAGAGUGUGUGUGUGUGUGUGUGUGUCACGAUCCCUGUGCUGAGAGAUUAAGAGCCUUGACUUGUAGCCCAGCUGUGGUGAGCAACUGUGACUGUGGGAGACGUCCUGUGAGUCUGUCUGUGGUGAGGUGAUGUGAGAGAGAGAGAGAGAGAGAGAGAGAGAGAGAGAGAGAGAGAGAGAGAGAGAGAGAGAGAGAGAACCCACUGUCACCGCAUCAUUUUCUUUAUAAUAUCUAAGCAUUGUAGAUAAUUUUAUAAUUGUGUAAUUUUUUACUUAUCACUGUAUAUGGGUAAUCUUUAAGGUCUUUUGGAUAGGCAUGAGGCAAAGUGACCCUUUGGACCUGUACUUAAUGUAUAUGAUAUAUUGAUGUUUAAAUAAAAAAAGAGAGAGAGGGGGGGAGGAAAGCGAGAGAGAGAGAGGG